AUGAUGCGCUACGUGCUGUGUAUCCUCGCUCUCCUGCUCUCAUGUGCGUGUGUGCACGUCCUCGCUGAAGAAGUGCCUGCCGCCGAUCUUUCCGACCAAGUCCCUGAUACGGAGAGUGAGACAAAGAUUCUUCUUACUUGUGCUACUGGUGCUUCUGAGCAUGGUUGUUCUGGUGGUGGUCAUCCUCCUGGUCCUACUUCUACCUCAAUGCCUGCUAAUGUUAAUCCUUCGCUUCAGAAGGAGAGAAAAGAGGGUGGUGAGGAUGGUAUUCCUGUUUCUCAAGCAGUGGUUGAUGCUGUGGGUUUGAGUGUUCAAGAAACUUCACAUCUUGCUGGUCAAGUAGGAAAAGAACACCAACCACUUCCUGAUGCUUCAACUACAAGACCCAAUUCUGCUGACAGUCUAACAGUGCAGGGUCCCAAUCACGAUAGAAGGCAGACUCAAAACCUAACACAUCAGGGUGGAGCGAACGAUUUAUCACCAAUAAAAGAAGUACAACCUUCUCUACACAAUGGAAACGCAGAAGAGAAAUCACAAGAGAAUCCAGAGGAAGAGCACAACCUGCAAUCUACCGGUAGUCGCAAUGGAAUCCCUGAAGGUCCUCAGAUAUCUCGUACUCAGGUGCAGGAACCAUCGUCUGCAGGAACACAAGAUGCCAACGAAAAUAAGAAUAAUGCAGAAAACCAGAAUGUAUCAAGUGGAAGUACAACUACGAAUGAUGCUGCACCAACACAAUCUUCUUCAUCAACAUCUACUGAAGCCAAUGUUACACCUUCACCUCAGGAAACUCAGGGGAAUAAUGAAUCUGAUAAUAAAAACGCUGAGAGCGGCACUACACCUGAAGGGAAUGGGUCAACAAAUAACCCAGCUAAUGCAGAAACAACCUCCACCACCACAACAACAACACUUCCUCCUGAACUCACAAACAACAAGAAGGGUGAUGCAGACAGCAGCAGCAGUAUUUGCAGUUCUGUGUGGGUGCGUGUGCCACUACUGAUUGUGGUUACACUGGGCUGUAUUCUUGUGUGCUGA